AUGGGUUGUUGCAUUUCAUAACAAAGAACCUAAGACGCAGUUAUCUUAACGUAAAUUUAAAGGGCUGUUCAAGAACAGGAAGAAAUGUCUAUUAUUGAGAAUGUGGAAUAAGAGUGCAAUGAUAUUAUUGAAUAGCCUGAACCAGUGAUAAAUGAUUAAAAAAAAGAAGAACACUUAGCAAAAAUACAAAAAAGCGAAGAAGAAGAGGAUAAGUAAGAAAAAAAAUAAUAAAAAUCAAAAACGACAAAAAGAGAUGAAAAUUAUCUUAAAAUUAUUGAAUACAAAAGCAUUAAGAUUAAUUACUACAUUCUAACUCCGAAACAUGAUGAAGUUUCUAUGUACUACGAUUUCAUAAUAAAUACAAGUCAUUUAGAAUUUUAAUAUGAGAUAAAAUGCAAAGCGAUUGUUACUUCUGAACCAGAAUAACCAUUUUCAAUCAAACCAUAUUCUUAUUUGGAAGCAUCUUCAAAUUCAGGUUACGAUAUAUUUUUUAGAAAUGAUACUUAUUUUACGGUAGAUUAAUAAUAAAACACUAACAGACAAUCUUUUGAUACUUUACUGGAGGUAGAAAGAACUCUGAAAAAGAAAAAGGAAUAGGCAAUUCUCCCUUAAGCAUUUUAACUACGGCAAUAGAAAUAAGAGGAUUCUCAAUAAAAUUUGAAUAGUCCAAGAAGAUCACCUAAAAAGCAAAAAGGGAAAAUUCAAACUGAAGUUGUUUAAGAAAUGUUGGAAAUUAUGCAUGUAUUUGAUCUGGAAUUAUGCCCCCGUUUCCAUUAGUUAUUAUUUUUUUUAAUGGUCUAAUAAUAGAUGGCAAAGUUAAAACCAUAUUUAGUAAAUAUAUCUGAAGUCUACUUUCUUUUUGAUUAGAAACCUUCUUUGGAUGAACAAUAGGUUUAAAAGGUGGCAAUAUUCUACGAAUAUUUAGACUAUAGUUUAUAAGAGUUGUAAGAUUAUUUAAAAAAAGAGAAAAAAUAAUUGUCUCAUUUGUUAUUCCUAAGAUUAUCCUAAGACCUGAUAUAGAUAUUUUACAAUUGUUACAACUCUUAUACAUAUCGAUGUAAUUUCACUUUAAAAUCAGUCUAUUAUACUAGUAAAAAUAAAAGAUUUAGAUUAUAAGCAUUUGCAAGAUUAUAAACUUUAAUAAGAUUUUCGAAUGAAUAGGAAGUUUAAUAACUUCUUUAAACAGUUAAUGAAUAAUAGUAUAAAUUCUUUAUAAGAGACUUUGAAAAGGAUUUUGGGGCUUUGUGUGAUCUUAUUCUUCUUUUCAAAAAUAUUGAUAAUUAAAUUGCAAAUAUAAAGAAAAUUAGGAGGAAAAAAAAAAACUCAGAUCUGCACCAUUAAAAAUAUGCCGAAUUUGCGAUGAAUUUAUUAGAUUCUGAAAAUUCAGACAAAUUAAUAUAUGAAUUAAUAAGGUUAAAAUGCUAGCCCAUCGAUAAAGAUAACUUUGACUACAUUUUAGAGGAGAUCAAGACAUUAUUAAUGACUUUAGAAUAAUAAGUUUAGGAUGAAACCCAAUAGAGGGAGAAAAUGAAUGAUUUAAAGGAAUAGAUGAUUUUUUAAAAUGAUAGCGUUAUUAAAGUAAAUAAUAAUGAGCAAGUAGGCAUUAAUGCAGAAGUUGAAAACGAAUAACAUACAUUUGAAACUCAUUUGCCAAAAAAAUCAAAAAAGUAAAAAGUUUAACCAAGCGAAAAUGAUCUAUUUAAUGAGAUGAAAUACUCAGCCUUAUUUUACUUUGAGACAUUUAUGGAAAGAAGUUAGAAAUUCUUAGAAAUAUGCACAAAUGAUGCUCAUCGGGCAUAUGCUCUUAUUCUAUAAUCUAUAGGACAAACUAUGAAUAUUCCAUCAAGAGAAUAAAAAUUAGCAGAAUAAUAAUUAAUUUUGCAAGAGGCAAGCAAAUUAGUGUUAAAGGAGAAGGUGUUUAUUAUUUAAGAUUCCUUUCAUUAUUAUUUGUUACUUACUCUAAUAAGUUCAUUAGUUGAUAAACCGAUUUAAUUAUUAAAUUAACUCAAGUCACUUAUUCAGCAAUAAAAUAGCAUAAGAAGAAAAUAAAUACGGCCUAAAUUAAGUACUCAUCAUACAUGCACAGGAAUAAUUGAAAUGAGAAAGGCCUUGAUAUUGGAUCUGUUUUACAUUGAUCAUUAUCUGAAACGUCAUUUAUUCUAAAAUGCCACUCAAUUAGUAUAACAUAUUAUAACCUAAUAAUUAAGAUUCAAUUUAAAAUCCUAUUUACUUUAUGGUCGAAGUCUCUUCAUUAGUGGAGUUCUUUGUGAAAAAAUGAUGUAGCCAGUGUCAGCUAUGUUGAAUUUAGAAGUUUGUAGACUGAUUUAUUAACAAUUUUUCCCUGUUUAGAAGUUUAUGUAUUUGGAUGAAGAGACCAACCAAAUGGUAGAUGUAGAAUAUUAAGAAAAUAACAAAUAAUACAAGUAAAUUGUAACUCAUUUUGAAAAUGAAGGAUCAGAAAAUUUGAAUAUUGUUGAAUUUAAUUUAGGUCUUGUUUAUUUUACAUUGGCUGAAAAAGAGAACGCCUUGAAAUGUUUGAGAAAAGUCAAAGAAGCGAGAGAAAAGAAGUAUGAUCUAGUUUCUGAUGAAGUUUUGGAAGUGGUCUUGUAAAUUUUAAAAAUACAUAUUGAAUAAGAAGAAAAUGGAGCUGCCUUAGAGAUUUGUUAAGAAUAUUAUGCAAAAUUUCAAUAUUUGGCUAAAUAGAAUAUUAUAACAAAAAGCAGACUCAUAGCUCGUUUGUAAUUGAUCAUGGGAGCGAUAUAUGAAUGUAAUAGGAUGUUGGUGAGUGCUUUAAAAUAUUAUCAAAAAGCUAACAAAACAUUUGCAAUGUCAAAAAACAACUCUUAUGUUAGAUAAUUACAUAUUUUAUAGAAAAUACGAAAAAUAGUUGAGUUGAUUAAAUUAAAGGCGUAUUAAUCCCAUAGUUUAGAAUAGCAAUCAGAGUUUAAUAUUGAGCAUUAUCUUGGUCAUCUGUCUGAGAAAGUGAAACCUUACUUUAAUAAUUAGUUUAUUCGAAUGUUAGAAAACGAUAAGAUAGUUUUAUAUAAUAUCACUUUGAUGAAAAGGUACAUUAGAGCAAACCAAAGCUUAAGAAAUUUGGAGUAUUAAUAGGCGUUAAGAAGAUAUUAAAGAAUACAUUAAAAAUUUAAAAAACUGAAAAUUGAUGAAUGUUAUGGAUUUACCUUGGAGAAGAUUGGUACCAUAUAUUUAAUUUAAAGAAAUUUAAAAACAGCCAUACAACAUUUAAAAUUGGCAUCUGAAUUACAUGAUAGAUAUUUGUAGUUCCCAUUGAAAGAAAUGAGGAUAUUGACAUGUGAAAUAUAUAUAUUACUUGGAUAUGCUAUUCUAAGGAGCAGUAAAGAUGUUUAAAAAUAGUUAACCCUCAUAGAUGACUUUAUUUAGAAUAUCAAUGAUUUAUUGAAUUGGUAAAACGUCCCGUAUCAAUAAAGAUCAAAUAAAUUUGCCAUAUUAUCAAACAAAUUAGGUAGAUAGGUAUUAUAUGUGCUUAAUGACCUUUUUGAAAGAGUAGAAAACUAUAAUACGCUAAGAGUCAAAUUUGGACAGAAUUUAAAUAAUGCUUAGGUUUUGAAUGCCAUUUCAGAAAAAUUUUUGAAUGAGAAAUUCAAUUAACAAUCUGUGAAAAAUUCAGAUAUUUCAAAUCAGAGGAAAUCAUGUCUGUUCGGUUUAUUCAGUUAGGGGAAAAGAAGGCAAGCCACUUGGAAAGCAACAAUGUCACCAGAUUAAUAAAUGAAUUAAAAAAAUGAAGUAGUAAGUGGGGAAUAAAUGGAAUUGUCAAAAAGUAAAAUUGAUAUACAAAUCGGAAAGGUUAAGGAAUAAAUCACAGAUAGAGCUGACAAAACGUAGAAAAUAAAGAAUUCAAUUAUAAUAACACAGACUGAAAAAGAUCAAUAAAUUUAAUAGUUUAAAUAAGAUAGGCCUGAAAUUUAUGAGCAAUUGUAAGAGUUUGAAAUAGAUUAAAAAACAAGUUCAAAGUUAAAAACAUCCUUACCAGCAACAGCUUUAGUCAGUCCAGUACUCAGUCCCAUCAGCAUAAAAUCACCAUCUUAAUCGAAAAGUUAAGAUAAAAAAAUAAACCCUUUCCAAAAAGUCAAAAGAAAGAAAUGA